AUGAUGGUCGCUUGCCUGCUCCUCUCCAGCAUCUGGACCGUUGCGUCAGGCUCCGUGCAGGUGAUGCACAGAAAGAUCCAGUCGGUCCGGGCAGGAGGAAACAUUACUUUUUCAUGCCGGUCGGUCACGAAAGAAGAUGUGCUACAGGUGACCUGGCAGAAGGAGACAGAUGGGGCUGAAGACAACAUAGCGACUUACAGUAAAAUGAAUGGCCAAAAGAUAGCGAAGGGUUACGUUGGCCACGUGAGCUUUGUCCACAGCGAGUUACAAGCCUCGGCCAUCUCCCUUAGUGGAGUCACCCUCCAAGAUGAAGGAUGCUACAAGUGCAUCUUCAACACGUUCCCCUCGGGGGCUGUCACCGGCAGGAUGUGUCUCAAGGUUUACGCCAUCUCGGACCCCAAAGUGGAGGCUAAGCUUAUACCCAGUCCAGACAAAGCUGAGGACUCUGAGAAAGUGGUGGGGAUGAGCUGCUCAGCAACAGGGAAACCAGCUCCAAAAAUCACCUGGCACCUUCCCAGCAUCCUGCAGCAGAAACCAAGGGAGUACCAUGUCAGGCUCGACAACCAGACUGUGACUGUCAUCAGCAACUUCACCCACACCCACUCCAAAAUCCUCCAGGAGUAUCACAUUGCCUGUGUGAUCCAACACCCCUCUCUAAAUGUGACCCUGGUCCUGCCCAUAGACACCAUGGUGCGGGGUCUGGACAGCAGUGUGGCACCAGCCAUUGCCAUUGCAGUGGGGGUGCUGGUCCCCCUGACUUCCGUCCUCCUUCUCGCCUGCUUCUGCUGCUGCCUCAGGCACCUACAUGACCCAGAGGGAAACCCAGCCCAGCAAUGCUGGAUAAAUGAGUCUCUGGCAGAAACAGGGAGUCUGGACACAGAGUUAAUUAGUGAUGGACGGUCUCUUUUUGCCCCUCGGUUGGUGCCGGCUGGUAUAUGGCCUGAGAAUGGCUACGGGUAA